GCUUCAAAGACAUCACUUUGAAUUUGAGUACCUGAUUUCCGUGUGUACAGGAAUGGAGGACACAGCUAAUUUGAAAACUCAGCAAGAUAUUCCUGAGAAUAGUCUGAAAAGUGGUGCGGAUGACUUACCGAUAGCUUCCAAACAAUAUGAAAAUGUAGAAGAACAAGAAGAAGAACUAGAAUUAGAAACAAUACCGGAUUUAGAACUGGAAAAUGCAAAUGUUUGUCAUAAGAAUGAAGACUAUCAAAAAUUGAAAGCUGCCCAGUCAUCCAACGUAGGAAAUGGUCCAGAAGAAAAUGAAAUAAUUCAAGGUAAGAGUCAUCAUGAAGAGACUUUAUGUAAGACAAAUGCUGUUUGGGCUGAAAAAUGUCCGCAUCUAGAGCUGAGGGAUUUUUGUCAUCUAGUCUCCAGAUCCAAGCCUGAAACACAGCAAUCUCAAACAGUUUGGGCUGAAAAAUGUCCACACCCAGAGCAGAGGGAUUAUUCUCAUCGAAUUUCCAAACCCAAGUCUGAAACACAGCAAUCUCAAGCAGUGUGGGCUGAAAAAUGUCCUCACCCAGAGCUGAGGGAUUAUUCACGUCCAAUCUCCAAACCUGAGUCUCUACCACACCAAUCUCAACCAGAUAUAUUAUUUUCAGAAGAACUAGAAGAAGAAAUAACAGAAUUUAAAGUGGAAAAUGAGAGAAGUUUUGAUAAGAGUGCAGAAAAUCAAGAAUUUAGUGUGUCUGACCCUAAUGGACCACAGAAAUCUUCCACAAAAGCUCCCAACUCAUCCAAUAUGGACAAUGAUGCAGAAAAGAAUGUAAUAAUGCAUCAGGAGAGAACAUCUGUCAUGGAAGACCAAGAGAAUGCCUCAGAAGAGCAGAGGCAGCACAGUGCUAGAAAAACUAAGCGGCCAUUUAGUGUGUCUGACCCUAAUGGACCACAGAAAUCUUCCACAAAAGCUCCCAACUCAUCCAAUAUGGACAAUGAUGCAGAAAAGAAUGUAAUAAUGCAUCAGGAGAGAACAUCUGUCAUGGAAGACCAAGAACAUGCCUCAGAAGAGCAGAGGCAGCACAGUGCUAGAAAAACUAAGCGGCCAUUUAGUGUGUCUGACCCCAAUGGACCACAGAAAUCUUCCACAAAAGCUCCUGACUCAUCCAAUAUAGACAAUGAUGCAGAAAAAAUUGUAGUGAUGCAUCAGGAGAGAACAUCCAUCAUGGAAGACCAAGAACAUGCCUCAGAAGAGCAGAGGCCGCACAGUGCUAGAAAAACUAAGCGGCCAUUUAUUGAUGCUAUAAGAGCAUGCUUUUGUGCAUGUUUCACCAAAAACCGGAUCUCUUCUUCCCACUACAAGAAAUAGAAGAGAAAACAUAAAAAAGUGAUGAACUUGGACAAGCCUACUACAAUUGCCUGACAACUUCUCCGACCAUCCACAAUAAGACAACUCAGGAGAAAAUCUGUCUCUUCUCCAAUAAUUGCUCUAAGAAAAAGCACAUUUUUAUUUUAUGUUUUAGAAUAAUAUAGUAUUAUAUUACAUAUUCUUCAGUGUUAUUUUCACCUGUUUAUUUUGUUUUAUUAUGUUAUACUAUAUUACACUAUUAUAUUAUCUUCAGUUUUUAUUUCCAUAUGUUUAUCUUGUUUUAAUAGAUUAUGUUAUAUUAUGUUAAUAUAUUAUGCUUUCUUCAGUGUUUAUUUUACAUUUACCUUCCUUCCCUUGAUGUAAAUAGUUCAUGUAUAUGUGUACAUAUGUAUAUAUGUAUAUAUGUUUAUAUGUAUAUAUGUUUAUGUGCUUUGUAAUAUAUUUUUAGAAGAUA